AUGCCAACGUUUAUUGUAGUGCGCUAUGGCCAGCAAAAGAAAACGAUUAACUCUAAAAGAAAAAUAGACAUUCUGGAAUUUCAAACAUCAAAUCCAAAUAUGGGCUUUCGCGCAUUAGCAGACAAAUUUAGUGUUAGUAAAACACAAAUUGCGAAUAUUAUAGCAAAUGAAGACGCUCUUUACAAAACUCGGGCUGAAAAUGGAGAAGAGAAACGGAAAUGGACAAAGCUACAAAAAACAGAAACGUCUGUAAUCGACAAUGAAGUAUCAAACUGGUUUUCAAAAUUACGAGAAAAAAAUCUUCCUGUGUUAGUUUUAAGAUAUAUUUAA